AUGUCCGAUUUGUCUGAUAAGGUGAUCAACUUUCCAAUUUGGCUGGAGAACAGUUUGACAGAUAUUACCGUGACAAAGGAAUGGGCUGCCUACGUGAAUGAACUAAGCCGAAUGGUUGGAAAAGUCUUCCGAACUGCCAACAUUCAAAAAAUGGAUCAGUUAACUUCCAACGCUUUGGAUCAAAUUUUGUUGAAUCAGUCAAAACGUCUGACUGGAAGCAGUAGUCACACCGAAUUGCGGAGAAAACUGUGUCAGCUGAUUGUCAGACACUUAACCAAUGAGGUGGAACAAAGAAUGCUCUGCUAUCAGCCACUCAUAUCGUCAUUUAAUCAAGCCCAUCCCAACACAGUUGCCCCGUGGACAAUGCGACGGACGGCGGACGAUGUCCCACCACCUGACACAAUCGCUGGAGUGACCAGUUCUAUACUCCCCAAUCGUGCUGAUUUGAUCACAGUUGAGGCGCGAGAAGCCACAGUUGCCCUGCUAACAAAACAUCCGAAACUGUGUCAUAAAUUAGCUAUUCGGUUUUGCAACUUACGCAAUCUAUAUACCAGUCUACUGCGGACUGAUGUGGAAAAGACCAGAUCCAUUCGCGACGAGGCAAUUCUUCGCCAGUGUGAAAAGUAUCUCGAAGAAGAUAUCACCGUGAGAUCAAUGCGCGGUUCCAUCGGUUGCAUACGUGCUCUCAAAGCUGUACUGUCUUUCUUUCACCUGGUUUUGAAUAUGACGGAACACCUCCGUGGGUCUGUCAUUCGAAUCGCCGGAACACUGGUCCUGGCAAUGAGCGAUUUUCUACCGAGAAACCAACCACCAAAUUUAGCAGAAGUUGUCAUACUGCUGGAGCAGCUAUUCUCCUUAAUGUCCCAACUCCCCAUAUAUGUCACUCGACAGCCAUCUGUUUGGUUGCGGCGAUACUGUCCUUCAAACAGUCACAUAGCAACCGAAACUCAUGCCCCGAACCACGACAAAGAACUACGCUCCGCAUUCGGUAUUUCCGUGCUACAUCAGUUACGUCGCAUUGAUUCCCAAAUGGCUACAACACUUUUGAAUGAAUGGGCAUUCAGUCAAGGCACAGAUAUACCGUUCGACUUUGCACAACAAGAUGACUUCUGUGGUACAAUCGUGUAUGACGUGGUGGCUUCAAUCCUCGAAUCACUGUUUGCAGGUUUUCUACAACCCGAUAUCUUACUAUUCGUCUGGGAUCAGAUCAUGCUCUGUCUGGUUGGUGCGAGUCCAACCCCGCACAGCCUGGACUAUCUGCUCAGUGCCAUCCUGGCCAUUCUGAUCUAUCUAACCGGACUGCGUCAGUCCCAAUCAGAGGCCCAGGCAAACGGUGCCUCGAAAGAAUCACGAACGGUCGGAGUAAAUACAGAACCGGAGCGAAAGUCAAAGAUUGACAAACCGACAAGAGAUAUGAGAAAAGUGGAUCAGGUGACUGGUUCAGUGAAUGAUACUCCCCUGGCCCCAGACGAUUCCCACCCCAGGCUAUGGCCGGACAGAAUUCGACAGGUCGGAUUACAACUGAAAUUGGAGGAUAUUCGUUUCUUGUUCAAGAAUCAUUUUUUCAGUGGAUUCUAUUGUUUACUUGCUGACAUGGAAACUAGCAAAAACCCGAUCGAUGACGCUAGCUCAAUUUCAGCCACGAGUCCCUGGAAGGAAUGGUUCUCGCAGAGUGAUCAACCAACAAACACUGUUCUCCAGUCACGACAAACACAACAGGCAUUACGUGUAGAUGAGUUGAUUAAACUUCGUAAUCUGGAAGAAACCGUGGUUGAAACACAAAAAACAUCCCGAGAGCUACGGGAUAAUCUUCGUGUGGUUCAAGAGAACUCUGACCAAUUGAACAACCAAUUAAAACAGGCAAAACUACGACAGCAGCAGCUGAUGGAAGAAAAUCGAUCAUGGAGUAGCCUGGUGAAGAAUAUGGAAAAGAAGAUGGCUCAGAAAACAAACGAAGUGGAUUCCCGUGUCAACGGCCUGCGGAAAUUUAAGCUGUCACAAUUUGUACACUCUUACAUGGAAGCAAAUCGAAAAAAGGAACAAGACUAUGUGAAUGAAAGUGGCGCGGAAAAUAUCAGCUUGAUUCCAGAGAAAUCAACUACUGAUGAGCAGAAAUGA